UAUCUAGUCUAAGUGCACCCCUUCCUCCAGUGUAUUACUAUGAACUUUGACAAUGCACUUGCAGAAAAGACAUGGUGAAAAUUUCAAUGGAUAUCUUUGUGAGGAAAUUUCAGCCUGACCGCUAUCAGCUUUGGAAACAAGGAAAGGAUAUAUACACCAUUGAUCACACGAAGCCUACUCCAGAAUCCACCCCUGAAGUAAAAGCAUGGCUGCAAAGGAGAAGGAAAGUAAGAAAAGCAUCUAAAAGCUUCCAAGGAUCUAGGGCUCACCCUAAAAGGCCUAAGGCGGAGGAGGAUGAAGAUGUGUCAGCUGAAGUUGAUGGGGUGGAGGUCCCUAACUCUGACCCUGGCACAAAGGACCUCAGGGUCAGCAGACAGCCAGAAAAAGCAGCACAGCUGGGGACCACAGAAGCGCCUUCCAGAGAGCCCGCUGCUAGCACAUCACAGAUGCAUCCAAACUUAGUGGAUGAUACCACACUCUCAGGAAACAGCUGUACAAGUACAUCUGUUAUGGAGGAAAUAAAAGCUGAAGGUGAUAAAGCCUAUGGCAUAACUACACCAUCCACACCCCACAAGGUUGAUGACUCCAUAGUGCUAUCCACUGGUUGCUUGAAGGUCCAGGAACCAGACCCACCUAAGCUUCCAUGGCCAAAGUCACCGGAGUCGUGCUCCUCAGUGGCAGAGAGUCAUGGCCUGGUUACAGAGGAAGAAGAAAGUGAUGUGGAGAGCCAUCGGAGUGGCCUCGAACCUGGGGAAAUCUCAGCAGUCCUCAGUGAAGAGAGAAAUGGCUUCAAAGUCCCCAGUGUAAUAGAGGGAGAGACCAAAACCUCUAAGAGCUGGCGCCAUCCGCUUAGUAAGCCCCCAGCCAGGUCCCCUAUGACUCUUGUGAAGCAGCAGGCAGCAAGUGAUGAAGAAUUGCUGGAGGUUCCAUCAAUAGAAGAGGAAGUGGAAGAAACAGAGUCUUGGGCAAAGCCUCUCAUCUACCUUUGGCAGACGAGGUCCCCUAACUUUGUGGCUGAGCAGGAAUAUAAUGCAGCCGCAGCAAAAAUGGAGCCACACUGUGCUAUUUGCACCCUGCUUAUGCCAUACUUCAAGCCAGAUAGCAGCAAUGAAGAAAAUGAUUCUAGAUGGGAGACAAAAUCAAAUGAAGUGGUUAUGUCUGGAGGAAAGACUAAGCCGCUCAUCCCAGAGAUGUGUUUUAUUUACAGUGAGGAAAAUAUAGAAUAUUCUCCACCCAAUGCCUUCCUUGAAGAAGAUGGAACAAGUCUUCUGAUUUCCUGUGCAAAGUGCUGUGUACGGGUUCAUGCAAGCUGUUAUGGAGUCCCUUCUCAUGAGAUCUGUGAUGGAUGGCUGUGUGCCCGGUGCAAAAGAAAUGCGUGGACAGCAGAAUGCUGCCUCUGCAAUCUGAGAGGGGGUGCUCUUAAGCAAACUAAGAACAAUAAGUGGGCCCACGUCAUGUGCGCUGUUGCGGUCCCAGAAGUUCGAUUCACUAAUGUCCCAGAAAGGACACAAAUAGAUGUAGGCAGAAUACCUUUACAGAGGUUGAAAUUGAAGUGCAUAUUCUGCAGACACCGUGUUAAGAAGGUCUCCGGAGCCUGCAUCCAAUGCUCCUAUGGCCGAUGCCCAGCUUCCUUCCACGUCACGUGUGCCCAUGCUGCGGGAGUACUGAUGGAACCUGACGACUGGCCUUACGUGGUGAACAUCACGUGCUUCCGACACAAGGUCAACCCACAUGUGAAGUCUAAGGCUUGUGAGAAAGCCAUCUCCGUGGGCCAGACAGUCAUCACGAAGCAUCGGAACACUCGCUACUACAGCUGCAGGGUGAUGGCUGUGACGUCGCAGACCUUCUACGAGGUCAUGUUUGAUGAUGGCUCGUUCAGCAGAGACACGUUUCCUGAGGACAUCGUGAGUAGAGACUGCGUGAAGCUGGGCCCUCCUGCUGAGGGAGAAGUUGUCCAAGUCAAGUGGCCGGAUGGCAAACUCUAUGGGGCAAAAUAUAUCGGAUCAAAUGUUGCCUACAUGUACCAGGUUGAGUUUGAAGAUGGAUCCCAGAUAGCAAUGAAGAGAGAAGACAUCUACACCUUAGAUGAAGAGCUACCAAAGAGAGUAAAGGCUCGUUUCUCCACAGCCUCUGACAUGAGAUUUGAAGACACGUUUUAUGGAGCAGACAUAAUCCAAGGGGAGAGGAAGAGACAAAGAGUGCUCAGCUCCAGGUUUAAGAACGAGUAUGUGGAUGACCCUGUGUAUCGCACUUUUUUGAAGAGCUCUUUCCAGAAGAAGUGUCAGAAGAGACAGUAGGUGUACAUGCACUGCUGCAGGCACCAGCGCGCAGCCGGGUCAGAAGAGAGGAGAUGCAGCCCAGCCUUGGACUGUCCAUGUGCUGUGCGGGGUAGGUGGCUGGGUGAGUCUCUGGCAGUGGCAAACCAGGCUGCCAGCAUUUGGUCACCAGACCAAGUACUUGUACUCUUAGUUGGAUUCUGCAGCCUCAAGUCAUCCCCUAGUCUUGGUUUUAUUUGUGAGCAAUUAUCUUCUAUGAUCCCAAAGAACUUUUCUAAGUGAAAGGAUGUAGUAGUGAAUGACCCACUGGCAAGAGCCACUGCCACAGGAAGGCAGGUCCCAUGUGACGCUCAGGCCCCAUCAGGAAACACAGGGUGCCUCCCUCCGGCCGGUGGCAGGGCAGCCUCCUCCCGCAGUGGGAGGGCAGUCACUUAUAUAUUUCUCACAGUCAGGGAAGGACUCUCGCUUAUUUGUUUCAAAUGGCAGUUUUUAUAAAACAUUUUUAAAACCCAAAUGGCAUGUAUGGUAAUGAGAUUUACCCGUGUGCUAUCUGUAUUCCCUUGUACAGUACUUUUACAUUUUUUUAUAUUCCUAUUACUUUUGAUUGCAUCAGAUAAGAACUGAGCUGGCCUUUGUGAAAUGAAAUUUUUGGCUCUUGAGGAAGAAUUCUUAUGAAUUCUAUGGGAAUUUUAUAUAUUUAAAGAAGGAGAUUUGGGCUGUUAUUUUUAAACACUUU